AUGAGCGCACCCGACAACGAAGAGCUUAUCGACUACGAGGACGAGCAGGAUGUCGUCACCAACGGGGCGGCUGCCGGUGGGGUCGCCGUCACUGGCGAUGCUGAGGACAAAGACAAAAAGAGUGGCGGCUUCCGUGGUAUCCACUCGACUGGCUUCCGCGACUUCUUGUUGAAGCCGGAAUUGCUUCGAGCGAUCAGCGACUUGGGUUUCGAGCACCCGUCUGAAGUCCAGCAGGAAUGUAUUCCGCAAGCCGUACUCGGCAUGGACGUUCUGUGCCAGGCCAAGUCUGGUCACGGAAAGACGGCCGUUUUCGUGCUCGCGACGCUGCAGCAACUUGAGCCAGUCAAUGGAGAGGUCUCGGUCAUUGUUCUCUGCCACACUCGCGAGCUUGCAUACCAAAUCAAGAACGAGUACACGCGUUUCGCGAAGUACAUGCCUGACGUUCGCGUCAGCACGUUCUUUGGUGGCACUCCCGUGUCAAAGGACUCCGAGUUGAUCAAGGACAAGACCAAGUGCCCCCACAUUGUCGUUGCCACUCCUGGUCGUCUCAACGCCCUCGUCCGCGACAAGGUUUUGGACGCCAAACACGUCAAGCACUUCGUUCUGGAUGAGUGCGACAAAAUGCUCGAGCAACUCGACAUGCGCCGUGACGUCCAGGAGAUCUUCCGCGCCACGCCACACCACAAGCAGGUCAUGAUGUUCAGCGCCACCCUCGCCAAGGACAUUCGUGUGACUUGCAAGAAGUUCAUGGCCAACCCCCUCGAGAUCUUCGUUGACGAUGAGACGAAGCUCACGCUCCACGGUCUCCAGCAACACUAUGUCAAGCUCGACGAGAACCAGAAGAAUCGCAAGUUGAACGAGCUCCUCGACACUCUCGAGUUCAACCAGGUCGUCAUCUUCGUCAAGUCGGUCGCCCGUGCUACUGAGCUCGACAAGUUGCUUGUCUCUUGUAACUUUCCGUCCAUCAGCAUCCACUCUGGUCUUCCCCAGGAGGAGCGUAUCUCGCGCUACACCGCCUUCAAGGCGUUUGAGAAGCGUAUCCUCGUUGCAACCGACAUAUUCGGUCGUGGUAUCGAUGUUGAGCGCGUGAACAUCGUCGUCAACUACGACUGCCCGGGUGACGCUGACAGCUACCUUCAUCGUGUCGGUCGUGCGGGUCGUUUCGGUACCAAGGGUCUCGCCAUCACCUUCCAGUCCUCCGAGGCGGACCAGCAGGUCAUGGCCGCCAUCCAGUCUCGCUUCGAAGUGGCCAUUCCCGAGCUGCCCGACCACAUUGACCCGGCUACGUACAUGGCAUCUUAG